AUGUUUGGAAUGAACAGUAAGAAUAGUAACAUUAAUCAACAUCAAUAUUAUAAUAAUAAUAAUAAUAAUAAUAAUAAUAAUCAACAACAACAAAUGUAUGGCACUAAUACUGGUAACAAUACUCAAUAUCCAUAUAGUCAAUACAAUUAUAACAAUACUAGUAACAAUGUUACAACAUCCACUAACGAUAAUCACCAACAACAAAUGUGUUACCAAGAUAAUCAAUAUAUGCAAGGGUAUCCCAAUAAUACAUCUAUUCCACACUAUCAACAACAACAACAACAACAACAACAACAACAACAACAACAACAACAACAACAACAACAACAACAAGGAAAUAUAGCACCGCCACCUUCCGGGAACUCUCUCUAUAUGCAUAAUAAUCAUAGCAACUCUAACGUUAACAAUACAGGCAAUUCUAAUGACCCUUCCAGUCCUACUGUCCAAUUUGAUCAAAAACAAAAACAAAACGCUUAUAAUGGUAAUUUUAAUAACUACACCCCUCAUCAACAAGUAGAUACCAGCACCACAAACAAUAAACAAAUAAAAAAUAACAACGGGAAUCCUAUGGGAACCGGUGUUUUUCCACUUAAUGAUGGUAGCAGCAAUACCCAUUCUUCGUUGGUUGCCUCUGCGGCAAAUACCAGAGAAACCACACCUACAAAUAAUGGUACUAAUAAUAACUAUAUGUAUUUUGAGAGGAGACCUGAUUUAUUGAGCAAAUCCACACAAGACAAAGCAGCUGCAGUUAAAUUGCGUAUUGAGAACUUCUAUCAAACCUCGGUUAAUUAUGCAAUUGAAAGAAACCAAAGACGAGUUGAAUUAGAAACUAAUUUACAAUAUCAUCACCAAGAUUGGAGUGAUGAAAGGAAACAACGUGAAUUGGGCAAUUUAGGUCGUAAAGAAUCUCAAUUUUUAAGAUUGAGAAGGACGAGAUUAUCACUAGAUGAUUUUAAAACGGUCAAAGUUAUUGGUAAAGGUGCGUUUGGUGAGGUCCGGCUAGUACAAAAAAAGGAUACUGGGAAAAUAUAUGCUAUGAAGACGCUAUUGAAGUCUGAAAUGUACAAAAAAGACCAACUAGCUCAUGUUAAGGCCGAAAGAGAUGUCUUGGCUGGUGCAGAUUCUCCAUGGGUUGUUUCUUUGUAUUAUUCUUUCCAAGAUAGUCAAUACUUGUAUUUAAUUAUGGAAUUUUUGCCUGGUGGUGAUUUGAUGACUAUGUUAAUUAGGUGGCAGAUCUUUACUGAGGAUGUUACGAGAUUUUAUAUAGCCGAAUGUAUUUUGGCAAUUGAGGCUAUUCACAAGCUAGGUUUUAUCCAUAGAGAUAUUAAGCCGGACAACAUUUUGAUUGACAUUAGAGGCCAUAUUAAACUAAGUGAUUUUGGGUUGUCUACUGGCUUUCACAAGACACACGAUUCUACGUAUUACAAAAAAUUACUACAACAAACAGCCACUGAUGGGAGCAACGGUAACAGCAAUAAUACAUUAUCUAAACCCCCAAGUGCCAAUACUGCUAGUCAUAGAAAUACAAUGGUUGUGGAUGCCAUUCAUCUAACAAUGACCAAUAGACAACAAAUGCAAACGUGGAGGAAAUCUAGAAGGUUAAUGGCGUACUCAACAGUUGGUACCCCUGAUUAUAUUGCACCGGAAAUUUUUCUUUAUCAAGGCUACGGGCAAGAAUGUGACUGGUGGUCGUUGGGUGCGAUUAUGUAUGAAUGUUUAAUUGGCUGGCCACCAUUUUGUAGUGAAACUCCUCAGGAAACAUAUAAGAAGAUCAUGAAUUUCGAACAGACUUUACAGUUUCCAGAUGAUAUCCAUAUUAGUUACGAGGCUGAAGAUUUGAUUAGAAGAUUAUUAACACAUGCUGAUCACAGAAUGGGUACAAACGGGGGAGCGAAUGAAAUCAAAACACAUCCAUUUUUUAGAGGUGUUGAUUGGAAUACCAUACGUCAAGUUGAAGCGCCAUAUAUACCUAAACUAAGUAGUAUUACCGAUACUAGGUUUUUCCCAACUGAUGAAUUGGAAAAUAUUCCAGAUAGUCCUGCGAUGGCGUUAGCUAAAGAGAAAGAAAGGAUGUUGCAACAACAGCAACAGCCACAGCAACAAGCCGGUUAUGAGGGUGUGAUGACGAAGAAGAGUAGACAGCAGGACUUGCCAUUUAUUGGGUAUACUUAUUCUAGAUUUGAUUAUUUAACUACGAAAAAUGCAUUGUAA